AGAGAGGUGGACGCUGCACGCCAGCACGCCCAGUGAAGAACGCAAGUCAGUGUCUGCGCGUGCGUUGUGAAGUGUGAGGUGUUUAGUGACAAAAAGUUCCUAUACAAUAUUUGUGAAUGGAUUAAAUCGACCCUUUGACUUUCAGUGCCGUCUCCGGAUGCCAUGGUCCGUAAGGUCGGCAAGCAUCACUACGUGGCCACUCAUGUACCCUCGCCUCACUACCACGAGAGGGGAUACUACACAGAUGGUACCAUAUCCAUCUCUCUCUAUUAGUUUUACUUCUGCACCUCUACUCCGGCACUUGCAUCUUUGAGAAGACAGCCAGAGAGCAGCCUCAGAGAGGACGAUGUCCGAGUACACGGUGACCAACGAGCGUGCGCGAGUGGUUCCUCCACCGCGCAAACACCGGCCUCGAUCACGCUCCAGAGAGAGGGAUCGGCGCACGCGGAGUGAGGAGCGUUACUACCCUGAGGAAGGUUCAGACAUCUAUGUCACUAGUGCUGCCUAUAGACCACCCUCUGAGAUCAGUGUCUCUUUCAGUCGCGGAUCCCGUCACAGCCGUUACAGCCGACAUGCGCCAAGUCAUUACUCCUACCGAGCUCCAUCAGAAGUUUCUACCAUCAAAACCAAGGUGGACCACAAGCGGGGAUUGGUGAUUGAGACGAUGUCUGCUCCCAACCCGUUCUGUCCUCACACUCGAGGGAUGUGCUGCCUCAUGCUGCUGCUGAACCUUGGCCUCAUCCUCGUCACACUAGGCAUCGUCAUAGUGGUGCAGUUCUUCCAACCAGUUUUUGUUUGGAUCCUGGGGAUAGUGUUCCUGAUCUUUGGUUUCUUGACGCUAGUUGGGAGUCUGAUCUACUGUGUCGCUAUCUGCAGGGACGCCAAAACGCCAGCACAAGUAGCUGCUGAGGACCAUUACUGGACGAGGCACUGGUCCAAAAACAUCGGCUCUCCGCCCGAGAUACACUACAGAGCUGAUGACAAGUUCAGCGAUAGAUAUUAGACCUAAACAUUGUUAAAAAGUUUAAACUGUUUUGGGUUAUCAGGUUGAUCUAACAGACCUCCAAGUUUUGUUGUGCUGUACAUUUUAGGUUUCCUUCAUCUUUUCCACAAUCAAUAAUUUGAACCGAUAGUGUCUCCAACUCUUCAUACCCAAUGGUGCCUGCAACACGUCAUACCCACUGUGUCGCAGUUCUGGUUUUGGCCCAUUUCCAAAGAGUCUCCACACGGCUAUCUGGAAAAAUGCGAUGAAUACGGAAUACUGAUUGUAAUUCAAAUUACCAUAAGUCACAAUACACACGUGGUUCAGACCACUCGCACUAGUUAAACCAGCAACCAAGGUUAACUUACUAUAUGUCGGUAUUGUAAACCACUUUAAGCAAAACAUUCGUAACUGUCCCUUGGCGGAUCCAGGAAUUUGAAUGGGGGGGGGCUGCUUUUAAAUAAUUUCAUUAGAUGUUAUAGCGAAAUAGAUGUUUUUUGAGCAUAACUUUUGUUUGGGGGUUCAACGUAGAGUACAAUUUAAACUUCUCCAUGCCUAUUUUUUAGUUUUUUUAGAUUUUUUAGAGUUUCCAGAUGGUUGUGUAUCAGAUGGGGACUUUUCAGGAAUCAGCCAAAACCAGUACUGAGGCGCAGUGACUAUGAAUUAUUGUUGGGGGCACCAAUGGUUCAAAUUAUUGAUUGUGGAAAAGAAGAAAGAAACCUAAAACUAAACUUGUAGAUUGGAGGUUUGACUCCUUGAAAGCCUGAUGAUGGUCCAACCUAAACUGAAACUAGUUGACACUACAGCAACCAAGGACCACUAUUCUGGUAUUAUAAACUAUUUUUGAUAAUAUUUUUUUAUACUAUGCCAUGGGCAAAUCCAGACAUUUUAAACGGUCAUUGGGCUGCUUUCAAAUAUCUUUAGGGGCUGCAGCCGAAAAUGUAAAAGUAACUUUAAACUUGCAUUUUGGGACAGUAAGGGGCAUACAAGGAGUAAAAUUCAAACCUCACCAAGUCCACUUCAUAGUUUUGAUCAUUUUUAAUAUUUAUUACCCCAAAAAUGGGGUGAGGGAUACAAGCCCCCUAUCUGGAUCUGCCCAUGUAUCUGCCUGAGAUAUGCUACAGAGCUAACAACAAGUUCAACAAUAGAUAGACUUUAAACAUUGUACUGCCAUGUUAAUGCAAUCAUUUGAGAUUUUACAGUCCAGUCCUGACAAACCUUGUGGAACAUAAAGAUAUUGUUGUAAAAUAUCUAAUUGCACCAGUAAAGAGGAAAAAACCAAUGUUAAGUUAAUUACCAUUUCAAGCUUAAUAUUCAGGUUAAAUUUUUUAAGAUCUUGGUAAUCUCAUGAGUACGUUUCCUUAUGCUUUGACAACUAUUGAGGUAAGACCAAAUUAACAAAAAUAAAGAUGUUUUUGUUUUUUACAAUCUUGCAAUUAUUCAACAAUGCAACAGAAUUGCAUGUGCACAUUUAAUGAUAGAGGAGUUUUGAGUUAAUCUCUUAUUUGAUGUUCAAUCUCUAGAUAACGGGUUAGUUAUGUCUAAUAUUUGGUUAAUGUUUUAAACCUUAUGUCUUAUUUUCAAAUAUAAUGCCAUAACAAUUGUUAAUUUUUGUUGAAGUUUUAUAUUAGAGAAGAAACUAUGACUUGUCAUUGGUUGGUCGUAAAUUAUUUGUUCAUUUGACUUAAGAUAGCUUUUUCAUGAUUAAUAUUUUGUUUAAUGUUCUACAACAACAAAAAAGUAAUCCCUUAACAUCACCAAACUGCCCAAAUGAAUACAACUAUUGCAGUGUUAAAAACUAAUGGAUAAAAUGUACACAGCAGAAAAAUGGCCCAAUUAAAAUACUCAUUUUACAUCAAUUAACAAAUCAAAGGUUUCAAAUACCUGCCACUACUUUUAGUUACAAGUUUUUUUCUAAAAAGAAUAUAGAGCAUUAAUAGCAUAUUUCAUCACUAGGGCCUAAAGUGACUCUUUUUGGCCCGAGGUCGGAAAAUGAGCGAGGGUUAAAAAGUCACUUUUUUGUAAUGUAACGACUAACUAAAAUCGAAAUUUACAACUUAGUUGACAACAGCAGAUUUUUACUCCCUUAAGAGUAAAUAUGCCACUUUAGACCCACAACGCGCGCAUUCAAAACCUCUGUUUUUGCUGUAGUGUGACUAAAUAGUACAUCACUAGGGGUGACUCUUUUUGACCCGAGGUCAUGUUUUACGAUCGAGGGUUAAAAAGACACUUUUUCCCGUGUGGUAAACUAUAUUUUUUGUUAUAUUGCAUCCAAACAAAGCUAGAAAACAAAAUAAUUUUAAGUAAAGAUAACCUCUCAAAACAUCUUCCAGCUUGUUUUAAAUUCUGCUAAUGCAAAUAAGUAGCUGUUUAGUAAGUGAUUCCAUCAUUUAGACUAUUAUGAUUGUGUUACAGUAAAUUAUACCAUUGAUAUGUCGAGCAAUCGACAACAAUAGUCUAAAACCUUACCUAAUAAUUAAUCAAACAUCUUCCAGCUUGUUUUCAAUUCUGCUAAUGCAAAUAAGAAGCUGUUUAGUAAGUGAUUCCAUCAUUUAGACUAUUAUGAUUGUGUUACAGUAAAUUAUACCAUUGAUAUGUCGAGCAAUCGACAACAAUAGUCUAAAACCUUACCUAAUAAUUAAUCAAUUGAUAAAUAAUUUUGAUCGAUACGAUUGCCACAAUCAAAAUUUACUACCGUUUACAACAGCUGAUUUUUACUCCCUAGAGAGUAAAAAUUAUACUUUUAAACCCGCAACGCAUACAUUAAAAACGGCUGUUUUUGCUGCAGUAAGACGAAAAAAAUUAUAUUACAGUGUAUUUACAACACAUCACUGUUUACACUGAAAUUCUUUUUGUCUUGCAAAACUAUACAGCCAACAAUGGGAUUUGUCUCGGUUUCACAGCCCAGUGGUUCCUUAUAGUAUAAUUUGUUGGGUCUACCUGAUUCUCCUCUAUAUCUUGUGAAAAAUACUUCAGUUUAUAGCAAAGCAAGGAAUCAACUGUGGUACAACUGUCAGUUACCUUAUAAAGUAUACUGUACUUUCAUAAUGUUUUUUUCCUACAGUUAGCUUACAAAGUGGGCUAAGGUGCCUUCAUUGCACCAAAUAAAACACAAAGUAGGUAGCUAAUUGCUGCAUAUACUUACUUUUGCCCCACUAAUUUUAAUUUUUACCCUACUCAUUUUUUCACACUCUAGUAUUCAAACCAAACAACACAAAACGUUGUGCUUUUAUUAUGCACGUAAUACAUGUACGCUUAAAAAUAAGUUGGCAACACUUAAAGAUACUAUGACCACAAUCAGCUGGUGCAGGGUUUUUAUUCCUCCCAAGCUUGGAUUUAAGCUAACCUAAAAACGUGUUGUUUAGUAUUUGAAAGACUAAUUAUUUAUAUGCUUUAUAUAGUAACUGUAGGAAAAAUAUAAUGUGUAAGUGUAACGCGAGUGCAAAGUGCCUUUGCUGGACUCAAGAAACUUUCCACACAUGGGCAGCAAAGUACCACUACGCACACUAAUUACACAAAUAACUAUUCAUUAAUAAUGGAAUAAAGAUAAGUCAAAUUAUUUUUGUGUAUUUAAUUGUUUUAAUAGAUUUUAACAAUGACAUGACUGUUUUUGACAACCACAGCUACACGGUGAAGUUGGAAAUAGAUAUUAAAACGAAAAUCAUUAUUUACUCCCACCUAAAUACCAUCCCUUAAUUUACAAAACAUUAAAUGAUUAGACUGAACAGUUAGAGAUACAUUUCCCAAACUUACCUUUAGGAAACACAUAGGCUUAUAUAAAUAAAUUCAAAUAACUUGUGUCUCGAUUUUACACAGUCAAAGUGUAGCUGGGUUUAUCAAAUUUUCUGGAUCAAUCUUCUCAUAUUUGGUGCUCUUAAACAUCUGUGAUGUACCCUUAGAUACUUAUAUUCAGUUUUGUAGUGGUUUUGUAGAUAUUGUGCUACGUUUUAAUAAUCUUCAAUGUACAUUUUGUUAAUUAUUUUUCAAACGUUUGCAUUUAAAGUUUCAAGAUUUGUAAAUUUCAUUUCUAAUGUUUAUUUACAGUAUAGUUUAGAGAUGACAUAUAUUAGAAUCAAUCUAUAGUUUAUUUGGUGCUAUAUUCUACUUUCACUGAUAUUUUUUUCCAAUUUAAGGAUUUUUAUACAGACUGAUCAAGUGUAUUGAAUAUAUUUACCAUUAACACAAUUAAUUGAACCCUAAACUAAGUAGGUCUGAAGCUACACCCAAACUAUUUUAAUUGAUGAAGAUUGUUUAGUCGAUUCAAUUACAAAUAUCCAGUAUUUUUGGAAAUAGGACUGUCUAAGGAUAAGAAACUAAAUUAUCUUAUGUUACAUUGUAAUUUUUCAAUCAAUUAAACUAAAUGUUUUAUAAUUUUGUUAUGUCAAACUUUUAGUUUCUUACAUUAUUCAGAACACUAUAUAUAAAAUAAAUAAAAUAUAUAAAAGCACUUUGCAUAAUCUUUUCAAAAGUAAUGAUUGUUAAAGUUUUCUGUAAAUAAAAUGUGUGUAUGUAUAGUAAUUAUUA